UGAUUCCUACGUUAAAACAAAAGAUCACACGUUUUUAUAUAUCUAACAUCACACGGUAUGUUUUUGUAUCAACCUUUUGGGAGAGACAUCAAUUUGGUAUUAACUAACUUCCAAACUGCCCAUAACGUGCCUUAAGGAUAACCAUGUCCCAGUACUUUCAAAACAAAAAACAAACAAGUCCUAAGCACUCAAAAAAAAGGUUCAAAUUGCCCAACUCAAACUCAAACCACUUUCCCUCCCCUCCCGCCAUCCCUCACGUGUCCCUCAAAACUUUCCAAAGCAUCUCAGCCCUACAAAAACACCCUUCAACAGGACAUCCCCUCUUGAAAUUUCCAUUCUUCUAAACUGUCACGACCACAUUCCUCUCUCCUCCCUCCAAUGGACUCUGUUGCCUCCAGCUCAUCCCCGCCAGACCGGCCGCCUCAAUCCCAGUUCAACAUAACACAACCGGUUGCAGAUCGGAUACUCAGAGCCCUCAGGCACCGCCUCCGCCUCCUCCACCGAUCAGAAUCCGACUUCUUCGUCUUGGGAGCCACCGGAAAUGUUUACACGGUGACUUUAUCCACCACCCCGUCCUGCACUUGCCCUGAUCGUACCACCCCGUGCAAACACAUACUUUUUGUUUUUAUCCGCGUUCUGGGGGUUUCUCUUGACGAUGGAUGUCUCCGGAGGAAGACUCUCCGGCCAUGCCAGCUGAGCCGCCUGCUUAGUGCACCUACGUCGGCAGAAGUGCUGGCAGGGACUGGCAUCCGCGAAAGGUUUCAUCAGAUGUUCUUUCAGGCAAGGCAGGGUAGUAGUUUGCAAGCAACGGUUGAGAUUGAAGAUGGGACUAGUUGCCCAGUUUGUCUUGACGUGUUGGGACAGGGGGAUAAGGUGGUCGCUUGUGGGACAUGUCGGAAUCCGAUUCAUGAAGAAUGCUUGUUGACGUGGAAGAGAAGUAGUAGAAGACGGUCAGCUACAUGCGUGAUUUGCAGAGCAAGAUGGAGAAACAGGACAGAUCAGGAGCCAUACUUGAAUUUGUCGGCUUAUGUUAGUGAAGACGGCAUGGCUGAGGAAAACAGCCUGUGCUGUGAUUAGAUCUUCAUUGCACGCCAAGUCAACCUGAUCGAGCAGAAGAUAGUGCAAGUUAUGGGAUAAUUCGAUUGUAAAUACAUGUAUAAUAAAACAUAGAUUUUAGAUUUGAGAAGAAAACAUUGUUUGGAGUUCGAACAGAAGACAGAGGUAUUGUUUUUCUCU